GAGGGGCUUUCCUCCUUCCGUCCCCAACAACACUUGGAGCUUCAAGCAUCAAUUCUUCCGAGCUGUAUUGUAGCCUGUAGGACAACUGACAACGAACUCUCUCCGGUUGGAUCGGAAAUCAGCAACAGAGCAUUAAGCAACACCUGAUGAAGCAAAGGAUCGUGAUCAAGGUGCAGAUGACCGGCGACAAGAGCCGGUCCAAAGCUCUGGGCUUAGCCGCCACGACACACGGAGUGCAGUCCGUGGCGAUGGAAGGGAGGGAGCGGAACCAUCUGGUGGUGGUCGGCGACGGCCUGGACGCCGUCAGCCUGACGAGCUACCUGCGGAAGAAGGUUGGUGGCGCGCAGAUUGUCCAGGUGGAGGUCGUCGGAGGCGGCGCCGCCGACAAGACGAAGCCGCCGGCGACCGCCGCCAUCGCCGCGGGCCCGCAGCACCAGUGGCAACCGCGCCACGGCGGCUACUACUACUCCCGGCCGGCCGCUGUGCACCCGUACCCGUACGCCGGCCAGUACAGGUACAGCUACGACGACGACACCCACCCCGACGCCGCAGCCUCGUCGGGCGCCAUCAUGUGAUCGAUCCGCGGGCAACCGAGGAGCCUUAUUGAAUGAUAAAUGCAGAGAAAAAUGAUAUGGCAGGUGCAUGUAGAUGUAGUAUAUUUGUGAAGGAGUUUAUGCUGAUUAAUAUUCGAUUGGUUUAUUUAUUGUGAAAUGUAAACAAAUACUACUAUGUAUUAAACACUACUAUAUAGAAAUAAUUUGUAGAAGUGUUCCAUUUUUUUCCAGAAAGGAGUCAAAAUGUAACCUACUUCCGCAAAGGAAGCGCGGCUAUUGUGGUAAAAGAUCCGCUUCUCCAAAAGCAUUUUCAGA